CCAGGGGCGGACUGACCAUUUGGAAACUCGGGCACUGCCCGAGGGCCCGUGGUCAGUAGGGGGCCCCAUGAGAUGCCCCUGGUACCUUUUUCAUAGGCUUUUUUUUGAGUUUGGGCAAGGACACAGGGGCCCUAUGAUCCCCUAUUGCCCGGGGGCCCCAUGAGUUGUCAGUCCGCCCCUGCCUUCCACCCUCAUCAGUGUCGCCUUUCAGUGCCCAUCAGUGCUGCCUAUCCGUGCCACCUCAUCAGUGCCGCCUAUCAGUGCCCA